ACGCUGCUUGAAUGCGGCGCGCCAGGAUGCCGAAUCGCUCGCUGCGUAUCUGGGGCAACCUUCUACUCAGCGCGGUACUGUUAUCUGUGUAUGCCACAUCAGCUGAUGUAGCACAUACGGGAACGGAUCAAAGCGCACAGGCGACACAGGUCUCGUCCUCCGUGUACCGCGGCUUUGCGGCCCUGUGCGCGGUGGCUAAGAACGAGAACCGCUACGUGCGGGAGUGGGUAGACCACCACAAGUGCCUGGGUUUCUCCCGCAUCUACCUGUACGACCACGGCAGUCAGGAGCGCAUGUCCAGCCAGCUGGAGGACCACAUCGCCAGUGGCUUUGUGAGCUACACCUAUUUCACAGGGCACCACAAGAAGUACAGCCGCGACGCGCGCCCCACCUCUCUAGAAAAGUUCCUGCUGACGGCGCAGGGCUACGCAUACAAGAAAUGUGUCAAGCACCACAGCAAGUCACAUUCAUUCCUGGGCUUCAUAGACAUAGACGAGUUCUUGGUCCUGAUGGACCCGGGCAUUGUCAGCGUGGAGCAGCUGCUGCGCCCCUACUCGGGCUUCGGCGGCCUGGCGGUGCACUGGCAGCUGGUGGGCAGCAGCAAUCACACGGCCCGUCCGGCAGGACCCGUCACCACCAGCUACACGCACUGCGUAAAGCCGGAGGCUAUGGAGAACCGGCAAUUCAAGGUGUUUGCCAACACAGCGGCAAGGCCGGUAAUGCAGAAUCCGCACCGGCCGCGCCUGUUCGCGCCGCAGAACGUGCCCUUCCCCUACCUGGUGAACGAACACCGCAAGCGGAUACGCAGUUGCUAAGGCAGUAGCCAUAUGACCAU